AUGUUUUGGUUGAUUCACAUCUUCACGGCCUUUGGAAUCACCGUGAGAUGUUGGGUUAGGGUUGUGAUCCUAUUUUGUAUUAAUAGGUUUGUAAAGUGUACAGAGAUUACCGAUGUGUGCUUUCACAAGGUAUACAUAUUUCUCCACCUCCCAUGA